UGACCUCCAAUACCGUUCAUCUCUAACACGUUCGGCGAAAUUAUCAGUCUCUGGUUUUUUUGCAUAAUAUUUAGUUUUAGUCAAAGCUAAGUUGUCGAGACAUGUCUUGUUUCCGGCUAGCGACUGCCAAUGUCCUGGCAGGAGUCCGUCCUUCGCCGGCAAGAAGUGGGGGCGCAGCUCUGUUAACCCGUAGACGCAAUCCGGAUUUGGCAUUUACUCGCCGCCAGUUUGCCCAAAAGGUGGAGAACGGAGCAGUCAACAGGAAAAAGCCGAACGGAACCUUCAAGCUGGCCAUUUUGGGCGCGACAGUGGGCGCUGCCACCGGAUCGGUGUACACUAUGUACCAACGCUGGACGGACGGUAGCUCGCACAAGGAACAUGAGGAGACAAAGCCGCAACUGUUGGACGGUAUACCAGCGGGAGUGCGGAUAACUAAGCGUUAUGUCAACCCCAAGGACAACUCCGGCUUGGACAUCGUGCUGUUUCAAUUCCAGACGUGUCCCUUUUGUUGCAAAGUGCGCGCCUUCCUUGACUACAUGGGCAUUUCGUAUUCGGUAGUCGAAGUGGAUGCUGUCCUGCGGCAGGACAUUCGCUGGUCGUCGGUGAAAAAGGUUCCCAUGGUGCUUAUCCGACAGCAGGACGGCAAAUACGUACAAAUGGUGGACUCCAGUGCCAUCGUAUCCCUGAUAGCCACUUAUCUGCAGGACAAGCGCACAGAUAUUGGUGAGCUGGCGCAAUUCUAUCCGCACACAUCUUUCUUCGACGAUGAUGGCAAAAAGAAGAAUGACAUAUUGAACAAAUACUUCCUGAUGUACCGAGAACACACGCCCAAGGGAGUGUCCAAGGAAACUGAAGAAACCGAUCGAAAAUGGAGAACCUGGGCCGAUAGCCACCUGGUGCACCUUAUAUCUCCAAACUGCUAUCAGACUAUCAACGAGUCCCUGGAGACUUUUGAGUGGUUCUCGCAAGCCGGCGAGUGGGACGUUCACUUCCCUAAGUGGGAACGCGACCUGAUGGUCUACUGCGGAGCAUCUGCCAUGUGGGCGAUAGCCAAGAUGCUGAAGCGCCGUCACGCCCUCAGCGACGACGUCCGAUCGCACAUGUACGACGCUCUAGAUGAGUGGACCGCCGAGCUGAAAAAGCGGAAUACGAAAUUCAUGGGCGGCAAGCAGCCUAGUUUGGCGGAUCUCUCCGUGUUCGGUGUGCUAUCAAGCAUGGAGGGCUGUCAGACGUUCAAGGAUUGCCUGCAGAACACCAGCAUUGGAAAAUGGUUUUAUGAUGUCAAGGCGUUAGUGGAGAAAAACCGAGGGCAGUUACAUAGAGAGCGCGUCGAGGGUCUUGCUGCUAUUGCUUAAAAAAGUGACAGACCUAGUUUUAUCCAAAGAUUGUUAAAUAUAUCCAAACUGUUCACUUAAAAGAACAUUUUUA